AGUUGCUUGUGUUUCCUCGUUGGCGCUGGACGCGAAGCGGCGCAUGUGAGAUAAACAUAUUCAUACAACAAGAAUCAGCUACAAAUCUCUUAGGCUCAUUCAGACAAACAGAACAUUUGACGCGUGUUCGUUGCGUAUACGCCGCAUUCGCCUAGCCAAGGUGCUCAAGGUGCCAAGACUCGCGCGUGAUUCUCGCCCGUGUGACAGCUGAGCGCGAAUAGCCAAAAGCGCCACAAAUACAAAUUCAAGUCAAGAGCAAGUGCCGGUGCGUGCUCGAGUGCGAAUCCGCUACGUUACGGUCCAUGGCUGGGUUUGCGGUUCCGUUUUAGUUGGCAUUUGGAGGCGACGCGUCGGCUGAGCAAAGCAAAUACAACUUUUUGGCUUUGACUUUUGUUGAGCUGCCUGGGCCAGGCCUUCAGCUUCAAGUGCAAGUUAAACACGGGCAACAACUUAACCUCAAGCUUCAAAUUAAUUCGAUUGUCUGCAGCAUUGGAGCAAUUAGCAAUGAGCCAAAUAUUAAGGCAAACUUUUUGAAUACAAGUGAAAAGGCAUUCAAGAUAAAGCUGAAGCUGAAGAUAAAGAUAAACUUGAAACGUGAUCCGGCCCAGACGACGGAAAUGGCUGCUUAAGUGGCGGACUUCCGGUAAAACCGGACAGGAUUCAACAGCAACAGCAACAGCAACAAUAACAAUAACAAAGGCAACAACAGCAAUCCACUCAGCCGCAGUCACUGCUAUAGCCAUUGGCCCCCGCCCUUAAGCUGAAUCUCCAACUGGAAAGCGACUCAUUAGAUAUCCAAACAAAGUCCUUAAGCAUGGCCAAUGUCAGCAACGAGACGGUUAACGCUUGGCUGGUCUCAGUCAGCACGCAGCUGCCCCAUGUGCUGGGCAUGAACUGGAGUGGCAGCAGCACCACCACACUGGCCACGCACGGCAGCAGCGGCAGCAGCACCACCACUACCACCAUCAGCCCCACAGCCACCAUCAGCUUCCCCAGCAGCACCGCCGCCAGCAGCAGCACCGUCGGCAGCCUGAGUGUGGAUGGCGCGGAUGGCGAUAAAUCAGGCAUUAUACACAAUCAGUUCGUGCAGAUCUUCUUCUAUGUGCUCUACACCACGGUGUUUGUGCUGGGCGUGUUUGGCAACGUGCUGGUCUGCUACGUGGUGCUGCGGAAUCGGGCCAUGCAGACGGUCACCAAUAUAUUCAUUACCAACCUGGCCCUCUCCGACAUUCUGCUCUGCGUGCUGGCCGUGCCCUUUACGCCCCUCUACACGUUCAUGGGCCGCUGGGCGUUCGGCCGGACGCUCUGUCAUCUGGUCUCGUUUGCCCAGGGCUGCAGCAUAUAUAUAUCGACGCUGACGCUUACCUCGAUUGCCAUCGAUCGGUAUUUCGUGAUCAUUUACCCGUUCCACCCGCGCAUGAAGCUCUCCACGUGCAUCGGCAUCAUUGUCAGCAUCUGGGUGAUCGCUCUGCUGGCCACGGUGCCCUACGGCAUGUACAUGAAGAUGACCAACGAGGUGAUGGACAACGCCACUCAGCUGAUCGGCGUGAAUGAGACGAGCGGCUGGGGCCGCAGCAACGGCUAUCCCGCGCCCGACGCCACCUCGGCUGCCCAGGCCUACAUGCAGGUGAUCUCGGACGGCGUCACCGUCUGCGAGGAGAACUGGCCGUCGGAGCACUACCGCAAGGUGUUCGGGGCCAUCACCACGACGCUGCAGUUCGUCCUGCCGUUCUUCAUCAUAUCGAUUUGCUAUGUUUGGAUCUCAGUCAAGCUGAACCAGCGGGCCAGGGCCAAGCCCGGCUCGAAGUCGUCGCGCCGCGAGGAGGCGGAUCGCGAUCGCAAGAAGCGCACGAAUCGCAUGCUGAUCGCAAUGGUGGCCGUCUUUGGACUCAGCUGGCUGCCCAUCAACCUGGUGAACAUAUUCGAUGACUUCGACGACAAGUCGAAUGAGUGGCGCCUCUACAUGCUCUUCUUCUUCGUGGCUCACUCGAUCGCCAUGAGCUCCACUUGCUACAAUCCCUUCCUGUAUGCCUGGCUGAACGAGAACUUCCGCAAAGAAUUCAAGCACGUGCUGCCCUGCUUCAAUCCCUCCAACAACAACAUCAUCAACAUCACCCGCGGCUACAAUCGCAGCGAUCGGAACACCUGCGGCCCCCGCCUCCACCACGGCAAUGGCGAGGGCGGCCCGGGCGGCAGUCUGGAUGUCGACGAUCCAGACGACAAUGGCAUCACCCAGGAGACCUGCCUGCCCAAGGAGAAGCUGCUCAUCAUACCGCGCGAGCCCACCUACGGCAACGGCAACGGCGCCGUCUCCCCAAUACUCAGUGGACGCGGCAUCAACGCUGCCCUGCUCCACGGCUGCCAGUCCCAGUCUCAAUCCCAGUCCCAGUCCCAGCAGCAGCAACAGCAGCAGCAACAGCAGCAGCAGGUGGAGCUCACCCGUCGCAUCCGACGGCGCACAGACGAGGACGGCGACUACAUCGACUCCGGCGACGAGCAGACGGUGGAGGUGCGCUUCAGCGAGACGCCCUUCGUCAGCUCCGACAACACGACGGGCAUCAGCAUGCUGGAGACGAGCGAGUGCCUCUUCCAGAGCGCAGCCGAGCUGCCAGAGCUGGACAUUGUCGUGGUUGGCUCUGAUGGAGCCGAUGCCAGCAGGCGAUGUAACUGAGACAGGAUUUUCGAAACACAUUUCUAGGCAGAGAAACGCGAGGACAGCGAAUUGCCUGGGAAUGUGGCAUAAACUAAAAUGCCGGAGCAUGGGCGCCUUGGCGAGUGGGUGUGGCUGUAGCCCUAUUGUGCGGCGCGAAAAGUGCUGAUAAAUGCCAAAUAAAGUGACAACGAUGCGAAAAUUGCUGCGCUGGAACAGAGAACGCAGGACAGAGAGCAGAGCACGGGGAACAAGGAGCAGAGCCCCCAAGCAAUUGGCUCAAGCAGCUUCUCAAAUCGUUGAUAUCAAGUCUCUAAGUGCGCCGAGUGCGGCAGUCUGCGUGUCAUCUAGGCAGGCCCCAAAGGCGUUAACAACCAAUUCUAAAUAUACUCCAUUGCACAUACAUAUACAUAGAUAUAUGUAUAUGUAUAUAUAUAGCUCCUCGGUUACCUCGCUGUUUACAGUUGUUCCCUGCCUUGCAGGGAGCCCAGAGAAUACAUUAAAAUGCUGGCAUCCCUUUCGGUUGGCCGCUAUGCGUCACUUCCAUUUCAAUUUCAAAUUUGUGCAUAACUGUCGCACGAUUUUCCUCUUUUAUUUUGAUUUCCACUUUUCCACAUUCUGUUGUUGGUGAAAUGAAAAUUCACCAAUUGCGCGGAAAUCUGUCAACGCAGACGUUUGGCUUUCUGCGUAAAAAACAAAAACCACAACAAAAGGUAAAUAGCUGAACCCCUAAGAAAAUAAGUUACCCAACUUAGGAUUCCCCACAAAAAAGGAGAAGAAGGCAAACAACGGCUGGCCAAACAGAGUAAGCCUAAGCCUGACAUUGAUGGGAUUUGCGCAGGCCACAGCCACAGCCCGAGGAGGCAAAUGUCGUUCGACUGGACGGAGAAUAGGCGAAAUGGAACGAGACAGCAUUCUUCUGGAUGUUUCAAAGACAAUUAAUUGAAAUUUAACUUAGUGCUGGCAGAGAGAUUAAAGAGUCUCGGCUAUCUCAGAUCGAGUCAAUAUUCCAUCUCAGUUCCCAAAUCUUUCCUCAAGGAGACGGUCGCACUCACAAGCAGUCGCCAUGCAAAGCAAGUGAAAACUCUUAGAUAUAGUCAACAACAACUAGUCGUUAUUUCGAUGUGUAUUUCAAUAUUAUAUUAUAGCAACGUAAGCCCCUCCCCUUACCCUCUCCCACACAC